AUGAGGAAGGGGAAGAAGGUCAAGAAGGGCAGGGGACGUGCCAAGCCCCAGGUGACUGAGAAGGAGGACGACGGCGAUGCCACCGAGACCGACGUCGACUGGAGGAUCAACGGCAAGUGGGAGCAGCUGCAUCCGGUGAAGGUCCCGUCCGAGAAGCAGAUCGAGGCACAGGCACCAGGUAACGAGAGUGGAUCGGUCGGCAGGCAGGUCAUCGAGUAUCGUGCCUUCCUGCGCAAGUGAGUGCCGUCGAAUCUCCCAACAAAUUCAUCCUUUCACUUUCUUUGUGCACGUGCAGGGUGGAGCGCGUUCGUUUGGCGGCGGCGAGACGGACAGUGUAUCAGGCGGUGAUGGCUGGCCCUCGUGAGAGCUUGACCGCUCUGGUGUCCUGCUCGGACUACGGCAUCAUCGACUCAGUCGGCUGGGUCGGGAUGGGCUGUGUCGCUGAUGUGCCGGAUGGCCCCAACCAUGAAUAGGGAGCGGACGGACAGAUAGACUGGAUUGAUGGCUAAUCGCGCAUCCGUCACUCGUUUGUUUACCCCCCUGUCUGCUUGUCUGUAUGUGUGUGGUCGUAGGCUGGUUAGUUUGUUGAUCGGCUGGACGUUUGGCUGGCAUGGGAAGAUGGUCUCGCUAUCGAUUGCCUCCCUCUCGCCCUCGCUCCCUCUUCCCUCUCUCCCUCACUCCCUCUCUCUGUCCCUCUGUCCCUCUCUCCCUCUGUCCCUCUCUCCCUCUCCCUGCCUCGCUACGUUUCUGCGGCGCUCGAUUGCGUGUGUGUCUGGCUGUUGGUUUGUGAGUAUGUGUGUGAUUGGCUGGUAGUUGGAAACAACUGUACGGACUGCAGACAAGACACCGAUCGUAAAGGAAAU